AUGAUAUACAUUAGAAUGUAUAUAGUGAUUUAAAAAGUGUAAUAGCACAACACUUACCUCUUUCAAAAAUAUAUAUUUAUUUUCUGCGUACGUUUUAUUCGGAAAAGCCAAUAAAAGGAAGUCGUUUUUCGAAAUGAAACUUUACUUGCCAUUCAUUGGUCAAUGAGGAGGACGUCACCGGAUGUAGCAAUGUAGCUUGACUGGCUAAAUCCCGAAACGGAAAACCACUUAAGAGGUUAUGUAAAACACAAUUGUUAAUGCCUCUGAUUUACUAUUUAUCAGUCCAGUGAUUACAUCGCUCCCAUACAAUUGUUCUAAACCGAUGUGAUAUUUAUAUCCGACUUUAUGUACAGAAUGCCAUUAGCCUUCAAUAGCAAAGUGGAAGCUAACAACAGAGACGGAUGAUGCUAUUUACGAUGUUGAAGCUUUUAAAUGUUUGUAGUUUAAUGCUACAAGACGAGUCUAUGCUCCACCCUCUGGGGAGGACCACUUCGUCCGUGGACACCUCCUCUGUCCUUUUCAGCUGAGGACCGAGUGACUUGUGACACCCAUAGUGGAGCCAGAACUACUGACCAAGACAACAGAAAAACAGAAGAUCCGGAUGAUAUGACUGAAACCUUGAUUUAGCAGAACGUGGGAAGGUUGAAGACAAGGAUUGUGAAAAGGAGAAUCCCAGGUGGAGCGAGGAUGUCUGAGGUAAUGAAGGUUGAAACAGAUGAGCCUGGAAGGUUCGGCUCGGAGCCCCUCAUAUCUUCAGCAUCCACAUCAGAAGAGGAGGAGGAGACACAAGACAACAAAGAGUUCAUUCAUCAGAUGUUGGUGGUUAAAGUUGUUCCUGAUGACUGGAGUCCCAGUUCGGACCAACCCAACCCAGAGUUCCCAUCCAUAAAAGAGGAAGAGGAGGAACUGAGUGUCAGUCAAGAAGAAGAGAAGCUUACUGUGAAGACUAAAGAUGAAAAGAAACCCCAGUUAUCAGAGGUUCAUCAGAUCAAAAAUGAAGACAUUAUGGAGAUAGAGGCUCAUGACAGCAGCUCAGCUGAAGAGCUAAAAAUGGCCUCUGGCGAAGACAACUGUGGUGAACCAGAAAGAGACGACGUCACAGAUCCAGUGUGUUCUUACCAACAUCGUAAGAUGACGGUUCACAGAAGUGAUAAAACGUCUAAAUUGUGUUCCGAACUUAUGACUCGCACUGGAGAAAAGCCCUUUGGUUGCAAUGUUUGUGGCAAACGAUUCAAGCAUAAGGCCAAUUUUAAACACCAUAUGAAAAUUCACAUUGAAAACAGAGAACAUAACUGUGAACUUUGUGGCAAAGGAUUUAAAGCUAAGCAUUUCCUUCAAACGCACAUGAGGCUUCACACCGGAGAGAGGCCGUUUGCAUGCGACGACUGUGGGAGAAGGUUUCACGCUAAGGCAGUUCUUAAAAGUCACCUGGAGGUUCACUCUGGAGAAAGGGCUUUUUCCUGUGACAUUUGUGGUACGAGAUACAAAAGGAAGGAGACUCUUAAGAAGCACAUGUGGGUCCACACGGCAGAAAGACCCUUUGUUUGUAGUGUGUGCAGUAAAGGAUUUUAUCAUCAAAACAGUCUAAGGAUUCACAUGAACGUCCACACAGGGCAGAGACGGUAUAUAUGCAGCGUUUGCAGCAAAGGAUUUGCAGAACAAGAGACUCUGAAGAGACACAUGCGCGUUCACACGGGAGAGAAGCCGUUUAUUUGUGGCUUCUGCUGUAAAGGAUUUUCACAGCAAAUGCAUUUGAAGAGACACAUGCAUGUUCACACCGGAGAGAAGCAGUUCAUUUGCAGCGUUUGCAGCAAAGAGUUUUCUCAGCAGCACCAUCUGAAAAACCACAUGGAGGUUCAUACCGCAUCAUUUAGCUGCAGUGAUUGCAGUAAGCGCUUUGUGAAGGAAAUCCAGUUGCAACGACAUGCCAGAGUCCACACGGAGGAGAGGCCGUUUGGUUGUGACGUCUGUAGGAGCAGGUUUAAUCAAAAGUGUCAGCUUGAAAAUCACAUGAGAGUGCAUUCAGGAGAGAAGCCGUUUGUUUGUGAUGUUUGCAGUAAAGGGUUUUCCCAACAAGGAAAUCUGAAGCGACACAUGGUCGUGCACAAGGUCUGCAACCCAUGAUUAUUUUGAUAGUUGAGCAACAUGCCAAUAAUUUUUCAAGUUUUCAGCAACUACCUUUAUUUUGCAACUUAUCGAUGCUCCAGUGCCUCUGAAUUUAUAAAAAAAAUUAAUUCUCACAUUAAACUAAAAUGAACUUGUGAAUCCCUACUUUGUUCUGAUCAGCUGUAGGUCAAAAUCUUAAACUCUUAAAAACAAGUCAGAACAGUUUUUUUUUCUUCCUUGUUACAGCAAAAAGAUGAAAAAAGUAAAAUGGGAUUUUUUUCAACAACACUUUUUACUGACUGCCGAUGACAAUAUUUCUCCUUCCUGUACAGUAGUUUAAUUUAAUAUAUUACUGUUUAUGUACCUCGGAAUAACAUGUAAACAAAGAUUUGCACUUAAAAGUACAAAUGGGAUGUAUUUCUAUUGCUCCAUCAUUCUUGUCUGUGACUGGUGGAGGCAGAAGGCAAAUUUGUGACGUGAGAAGAGGAUUACUUUAUGAUGGACCAAAUAUAUGUAAAUAGUUUUUAUACUGGUUUAUGAUCAAUUCACAAUCUAUGAUAACCAUCCCUCUGUUACAGGUGGAAAUUGAUGCUUUUUUUUUUUUUGCUACAAUCUGUUACCAUGCAUCUUUUUUUUGAAAAGGUUAAAUGAAACAUUGUACUCUGUGUCUAUAAAUAAA